AUGACCAACAUACUCCUCAUCGGCGGCCACGGCAAGGUUGCCCAGCUCCUCACACCCAUCCUCCUCUCGAAAUCCUACAACGUCACCUCCAUGAUCCGCACAGCCUCUCAAAGCCCCACCAUCGAAGCCCUCGGCAAGAACCACCCCGGCAAACUCAAUGUCCUCGUCAGCAGCGUCUCCGAUGUAAAGUCCGAAUCCGACGCCCAAGCCAUCAUCGACAAAGUCAAGCCAUCUUGGGUCAUCUGGAGCGCCGGCGCCGCUGGAAAAGGCGGCGCCGACAUGACCUACGCGGUUGAUCGCGAUGCGGCGAUUGCGUUCACGAGAGCUAGCGUGCAUACGCCGAGUGUGAAGAAAUUCCUCACCGUAUCUUACCUGGCGAGUCGACGGGGUAGGGCGUCGUGGUGGAGCGAUGAAGAUUGGAAGUCAGCGCAGAAGAUCAACAACGAAGUUCUGCCGACGUACUAUAAGGCCAAGAUCGCGGCUGAUGAGGUGUUGACGAUACUUGCGAAUGAGAGAUAUACUGAGGAAGAUAAGAAAGGAGUUAGCGCGAAGGACAAGUUCUGUGCGAUCAGCUUGAGGCCGGGAACGUUGACGGAUGAGAAGGCAGGUGGAGUGAAGGUGGGCAAAGUUCGGGGGUUGGGUGGGAAAGACGAGUUCGCUGCAACUACAGCGGAAGCCGAUAGUCGCAGCGUUGGAGACCGGAGGGUGCGAAAGGGGUGGAUCGGAUGUUACGGAAUGCCGACGGAGGAGGCGCAUCAAGCGAUCCCAAAAAAUUGA